CACGCCAGCCUUCACCAUCUCACUGCCACUCUCAGUGCCACCAUGCUGGCCUCAGGGCUGCUCCUGGUGGCUUUGCUGGCCUGCCUCACUAUAAUGGUCUUGAUGUCUGUCUGGAAGCAAAGGAAGCUCUGGGGAAAGCUGCCUCCUGGCCCACCUGCAUUGCCUUUCAUCGGGAACUACCUGCAGCUGAACACUGAGCAGAUGUACAACUCCCUCAUGAAGAUCAGGGAGUGCUAUGGUCCAGUGUUCACGGUACACCUGGGCCCACGGCGGGUGGUGGUGCUGUGUGGCCAGGAGGCUGUGAAGGAGGCUCUGGUGGACCAGGCAGAGGAAUUCAGUGGGCGAGGCGAGCAGGCCACCUUCGACUGGCUCUGCCAAGGCUACGGCCCGGUUUUUAGCAACGGGGAGCGCGCCAAGCAGCUCAGGCGCUUCUCCAUCACCACGCUGAGGGACUUCGGAAUCGGCAAGCGGGGCAUUGAAGAGCGAAUCCAGGAGGAGGCAGGCUUCCUCCUUGAGGCAUUUCGGGGCACACGUGGCACCUUCAUAGACCCCACCUUCUUCCUGAGCCAAGCUGUCUCCAAUGUCAUCUGCACCAUUGUGUUUGGGGACCGUUUUGACUAUGAGGACAAAGAGUUCCUCUCACUGCUGGGCAUGAUUCGGGGAAGCUUCCAGUUCACAGCUACAUCUACUGGGCAGCUAUAUGAGAUGUUCUACUCAGUGAUGAAAUACCUACCAGGGCCCCAGCAACAGGCAUUUAAGGAGCUUAAGGGGCUGGAAGAGUUUGUAGCCAAGAAGGUGGAGCAGAACCAACGCACGCUGGAUCCCAACUCCCCUCGGGACUUUAUUGACUCCUUCCUCAUCCGCAUGCAGGAGGAACAAGAGAAUCCCAACACAGAGUUCUACUUGAAGAACCUCAUAAUGACCACACUGAACCUUUUCUUUGCGGGCACCGAGACGGUCAGCACAACCCUGCGUUAUGGCUUCCUCUUGCUCAUGAAGCACCCAGAUGUGGCAGCCAAGGUCCAUGAAGAGAUUGACCGAGUGAUUGGCAAGAACCGUCAGCCCAAGUUCGAAGACCGAGCCAAGAUGCCCUACACAGAGGCAGUAAUCCAUGAGAUCCAAAGAUUCGGAGACAUUAUCCCCAUGGGCCUGGCUCGUAGAGUCACCAAGGACACCAAGUUUCGCAACUUUCUGCUCCCCAAGGGCACUGAAGUGUUUCCAAUGCUGGGCUCUGUGCUGAAGGACCCCAAGUUUUUCUCCAACCCUCUUGAUUUCAACCCCCAGCACUUCCUAGAUGAGGAGGGACAGUUUAAGAAGAAUGAUGCUUUUGUGCCUUUCUCCAUCGGAAAGCGGUACUGUUUUGGAGAAGGCCUGGCUAGAAUGGAGCUCUUUCUCUUCCUCACCACCAUCAUGCAGAACUUCCACUUCAAGUCUCUGAAGACACCCCAGGACAUCGAUGUGUCUCCCAAACAUGUGGGCUUUGCCACCAUCCCACCAAACUACACCAUGAGCUUCCUGCCCCACUGAGCUAGAAAUGUAACUGCCCCUACAAAGUCCCAGGGCUAGUGGGAGAACAAACGGUUGAGGGGUGUGGCCUGGGUGGGGUAGAGUUGGGGGGGUGCUGAGAAUGUAGGCAGUGGGCUGGAGAAAAAGAAGGUGCAAGGUGGAUAGUAGAGAAAAAAAAACAGAUGAGUUGUCUAUUCACAUGCUAGAGAUUGAGCCUUCAGAGCUGGAAUGAAAGGAAGCAAAUGUACUAUGAAUAUAGUAAUAUCAGUUCUAUGAAUGAUAAUAACAGCUAUUCUCUAUUAACAUGUA